GACCAAUCGGACAAGCGCUGAAAGGAAGAAAUACACGCACACAGAAACACCACUCCGCGUUCUAUAUCGGCCGGCGCGGCGAUGUCGUCGGGGAAGGGGGAGGCGAAGGUGCCGGUGGCGGGGCGGCGGAACGUGCUGGUGACGAGCGCGCUGCCGUACGUGAACAACGUGCCGCACCUGGGCAACAUCAUCGGCUGCGUGCUCAGCGCCGACGUCUUCGCGCGCUACUGCCGCCUCCGCGGCCACAACGUGCUCUACGUCUGCGGCACCGACGAGUACGGCACCGCCACCGAGAACAAGGCCAUCGAGGAGGGCUGCUCCCCUCUGGAGAUCUGCGACAAGUACCAUGCAAUCCACAAGGAAGUGUACGAGUGGUUCAACAUCAGCUUCGACCACUUCGGCCGGACAUCCACCCCGCAGCAGACAGAGAUCUGCCAAUCGAUUUUCCACAAGCUGCUGGACAACAACUGGCUCUCAGAGAACACAAUGCAGCAGCUCUACUGCGAAUCAUGCCAAAGAUUCUUGGCGGACAGAUUCGUCGUGGGCUCAUGCCCCAUGGAGGGAUGCGGCAACGACACCGCGAGGGGCGAUCAGUGCGACAGAUGCGGGAGGCUGCUGAAUUCGACCGAGCUGAUUGAUCCCAGAUGCAAGGUUUGUGAGGGCAUACCGGUCGUCCGCCAUACGGACCACUUGUUCUUGGAGCUUCCCUUGUUGGAGGAGAAACUGGAGAAGUACAUCGACGAGGCCUCGGCGACCGGAUCAUGGAGCCAGAACGCAGUUCGCAUCACGGAUGCCUGGUUGAAGGAAGGGCUGAGGCCUCGCUGCAUCACCAGGGAUUUGAAAUGGGGCGUCCCUGUCCCACAUGAGAAGUACAAGGAUAAGGUGUUCUAUGUCUGGUUCGAUGCGCCGAUCGGAUAUAUUUCCAUCACGGCCUGCUACACGCCCGAGUGGGAAAAGUGGUGGAAGAACCCAGAGAAUGUCGAAUUGUAUCAGUUUAUGGGCAAAGACAACGUCCCAUUCCACACGGUCAUGUUUCCCUCUGCUCUACUUGGUACUGGUGAAAACUGGACUCUGAUGAAGAAUAUUAGUGUGACUGAAUAUCUCAACUAUGAAUCAGGAAAGUUCUCGAAAACUAAGGGCAUCGGAGUCUUUGGCAAUGACGCCAAAGCCACAAAUAUUCCUGCUGAUGUGUGGCGAUACUACUUGCUUAGUAAUCGUCCUGAGGCAUCAGAUGCAGUUUUCACAUGGGGAGGUUUGCAGAUAAAGCAUAACAACGAGCUGCUAAAGAAUUUGGGCAACUUCAUCUAUCGAGUGCUAAGCUUUAUCGCAAAACCAGAGGGAGCUGGCUACGGCUCCAUCAUACCUGAAGCACCUAAUGCUGAUAUACAUCCAUUGAGUCAGUCGUUAGCAGAAACUGUUGGUAAUUUGAUUCAGCAGUAUACUGAUGCAAUGGACAAGGUCAAACUAAAACAAGGGCUGAAAAUUGCAAUGGCCAUCUCUAGUGAGGGAAAUGCUUACCUUCAAGAGAGUCAAUUUUGGAAGCUUUACAAACAAGAUCCAGCUAGUUGCGCGACUGUGAUGAAAACUUCAGUUGGAGUUGUCUACCUUCUCGCUUGUUUGCUAGAGCCUUUCAUGCCGUCCUUCUCAAAAGAUGUCUUGCAACAGCUGAAUCUCUGUCCGAAUGAGCAUAUUUCUUUUGCCGAUGAAAAGGGGGAGAGUGACAAGGCGAAAAGGCCUUGGGAUCUCAUACCAUCAAACCACAGGAUAGGGAAAAUUGUGCCUUUGUUCACAGAGUUGAAAGAUGAUGCAGUGGAUAGCUUCAGGGAAACAUUUGCAGGCAGUCAGACCGAAAGAAACGCAAGGGCUAAUUAAAGAAGCCAAUGAAGUUGUUGCCUAACUGGAAGCUGCAAAACAUUUCUUGCAAAGUUGAUCACAAUACUUAAUCAAAUGACAUUGAGAUCCAGAAAUGUGAGUUCGAAGGAUGAAUCACAAUGUAUAUUUUACUGAUUAUUAGUGAUGAUGCAUUCAGAAAAUGUACAUAAACUGAACUACAUGCUGUAGUACUUGGAGUUGGAGAUGCCUAAAUUGGUGCACAUGUGCUGAUCACCUGGGGAGCUACAUUUUUAGUUGUGAGUAUGAUGUACAUAGUUAAAAAUAAAGGAAACCUUUACUUUUC